AUGCUUGAAGAACCCCAGACAGAGCCAGAAUCGCUCACAGCACGGAAGCGACCCAGAGUUUCUGAGGAGAACGAUGAAGACAUAGGAAAGAAGCGAUCGAGAGGCCGGCCACGUCUUGAUACCAGAGAUGAGACAGCUCAGGAUCGCCGCCGAACUCAGAUUCGACUUGCUCAGCGAGCCUAUCGUAAUCGCAAAGAUACUGCAAUUACUACUCUAGAGGACAAGGUCAAGGACCUUGAGGAUGCUAACGAAAACAUGAGUAAAGAAUUUAUGAAUUUCUUCGACUUUGUCCUAUCUCAGGGAAUGCUCCAAGGCGCGCCAGAGGUGGCGCGACGACUAAACGAUACAACUCGCAAAUUCCUCUCUCUAACACGCAAAUCUGCCGAGGAUUCAAGCAGAGAUGAGUCGGGCGACUCCCUAGCCCCGACUUCAAUGCAAGAUGAAGAUGCGACACAGCCUCCAGAGCGACGUAUAUCGGCGCAUAGUUCCAACAUUUCGAGGUCGCCGAGUGAUAAUCUCUCCACGCCCAACCCUUCAGUAACCCACACAGUUCCUCAUGGCAAACAACAAACUACUCCGCAAAGAGUGGAAGGACAGAUGCGGCAACAGGCUACCCCUCCCUUAAAUUUACCUUACGAGAUAAUUACGAUGCCGACAACAGACAACGCAAGUUUUCCCGUUUACGAUACCCAGACACCGAUUAACCUGGAGCAAAACCCUUUUCUUCAGUCACCAUUUCCUGCUGUCCCCUCGCCGCCUACUUAUUCGUCACAAGAGAGAAGCUUCGGUCGCCGUCUUCAAAGAGCAUCACUGGAGGCAGGGCUGCGGCUGGCAUCGAUGACCAACCCACCUCCUCAUCGCUACGCUCAAGUCUUCGGCUUCUGUUUACUUUUCGAGCCCAAAGAGUCAAUAAUUAAUCGUAUGUCCACCACGUUGUCUAGGAUUAGCCAGGAAUCGCUCUUUGUGUGGAGGUAUCCUUUCACAAACCUUGGCGGUGCUGGCACAUUCUUUCCUGAUGGUGAAGGUGCUGGUGGCUAUUCGGCAGCAGGUCCUGACGGUACCAGGCUGCAUUUGGGUAACCAGGGUUUGGUUCAGUCUAUGAAGCCCCCAGAGAUGACUGGUUUCUCAAUGGGGCCGUUUGGCCCGGAUGUAGAAACUACGAGAGAUCGUAUUGACGAACGCAUGCGAAUGAUGUUUAAGGGAUUUGAGGGAGACUUUUUCGACGCUGAUGAGGCUGAGACGUAUUUACGCCAAAAGGGCAUCGUGAUUCCUGCCAAUGUGGAUUUCAUUGAUGCUGAAAUCGACAUUAGUUCAUUGGACGACUCUCCAGACCUUGCAGGUGUCGGGGUGAAUAAUGAUAGCUUUUUUGGCGCACACCAUGCGCCUGUUUCCAACCAAGGACUUUACAUACCACCCCAACAAUCAGCAACGGAUGUCCCCGGUAUGUGGCAAGGUGCGGUGCCUACCAGCGUCGCCAGCACCACAUCAUCUAUGAUAGGAGGCUCGCUCAUGGCACCGAUAACAGGCCCUGAUAUGGCAGGUUUCAUACCGCAACUCAGCUCCACAAACGGCGAGCAAUAUGGCCAGGGAAUGGGGUCCUUUAUGCAUACAUCAUACUUGCCACGGGAAUGGACAAUAGGGUCCAGCUGGAUGAAGACCAAAGUGACGGUAGACGUGAACCGACUGGUCGCAGAAAUGACGAGCAAGGCAGUGUGCUUAGGCCGUACGCCGGCUGUGCGGCCUAAGGACAUAGACAAAGCGGUCAAGUUGGCCAUUGUGUUGACUCAGUCUUAG